AUGGAUCUUGAAGAAUAGUAAGGUCUUAUUCCAAAUAUAACACCUGCCAAACCUAUCAAAUAAAUACGUAAAGUCAGAUACACUAAAUCAGCUUACUUCAAUUAUUUGAUUGCAAUUUUAGCAUUAAUUAUUCUUGGACUUAUGUCAUAUAUUGUAAUAGAUAUAACUGGUUAUGAAAUCAUGCAUCUUUCAUUUAAAUCAACCACAAAAUAACUUAAUUAUACUAAUGAUCUAUCUAAACAAAAUUAAGAGUAAUCACAAUCUGAUACUAUGGAUUAUUCAUCUCAUUUAGAUAAUUUAUUAUGGGAUGAUUCUAAUACUAAUUAAGAUAAUCAAGAAGAUUAAACUGAAGAAUUUAUUGAUCAUGAUGUUUCAACAUAAGAUUAAAUCAAUUAAAAAGAAGAAACUUAAUUUGAAAAUCCAAAUAGUGAAGUUUAAACAUAUUAAAGUGCUACAAUUGAUUUUGGAGAAUCAUAAGAAGUUCAAGAUUAAGUUGAAAUACUUAAUGAGGAUUAAUAACUUGAAUAAUAUUCACUUCUCUAAUCAGGAUCAAGUAUAAUUAUACCUAAAAUUGAUGAUUCAAAAUAUAAUUAUAUUGAAUUACCCAAUAAAAUGAAAAUUCUAUUGAUCUAAAAUGAUGAUGAAAAUGCAGAAAUUUAUUUAAAUGAUUUUUAAGGAUAUUGGUAAACUAAAUACUUUGUUAAAUGUGAUUAAUGUUAAAUUACUGUCAAAGAAUAACAAACCUAAUAUUUUAUUUAAACUAAAUCUAAUGAUAUUUUAAAUUCAUUCACAGAAUUAAGCAAAGCUUUUUCAUCAGAAACUCCAUAAUUAAAAUAAAUAAAUUACUAGAAAACUCCUUGGGAAGAAUUACUCUCUUAAAUUUCUAAUUCUAAUCAUCCACUUUCCUCUAAAUAUUCAAAACCAUCUACAUUUCAAUUGUCUCCAAAUCAAAUUGUGUUGAUUUUCAAAGGCAAAUUUAAUUCAGAUGAAUUGAUGGACAGCAUUAUACAAAGUGAUAUUGUUCUACUAAGAGAUAAAGAUAUAGAAGAGAAGGAAAACAUUAACAUUAUUGAGAAUCCUGGAAGUGUCAUUAAAUGGAAUAAUUAAAAGGAUUUAAAUUCUAUAAAAAUAAUCUAUGAAUUUGAUAAUAGCUAAGAGUUAAAUUUUAUUGAUUAUUUUAUACAGACAUCACUAUAAAAUUAUAUCAUUACUAAUAAAUUAGGUCUAGAUGCUAAAUCUAGUGUAAUUUUAGAUUAAGAUAAUAGACAAUUAUACCAAAUUUCAAUAGAUCUGCCUUUUUAAGAUCAAAUGGAUUAUGAUUAAAGAGAAUUAGCCUAUAGACUAAGUAAAAUUAUUACAAACUUUGCAAACUCUUUAGAAGAACAACUACUCACUUAAGAUAAUCAAUUAUCUGAUUAUUGUAAAUAAAUGAUUGAUUAAUUGUAAUAAAUUAAUAAUUUGAAAUUUGAUUACGAUAACAGGGAAUAAAAUUAUUUAGAAAUUGCAAAAAAUUUAAAAUUAGAUUUUACUGAAGAAGUGCUUCAUUAUAAGUUUUAAGUAUAAAUAGUACCUGAAUCAUUAAAGAAAACAUUAGAUAAUUUAUAAUCUACAAAAAAUUUAAUUAUUAUUGUAAGUGAUUCUUAAUAUCAUACUGAAUAUAGUUUUCUGUAAAUUUAAAAGGGUUCUGCAACAUAAGACUUGCUCUUUUUAACUUAAGAUGAAUUAGAUAUCAAUUAGAAUGGAAUUUCUUAUUCUUUAAAAGAAAUGACUGAUUAAACUAAGUAAUUUAUUGAAAAAACUGAAGAUGAUAUCAAGUUUGAUUUUCCUUAAAUUAAUUCUUAUAUACCUUAAAAUUUAGAUUUAGUUGAAUAAAUUUAACCAUUCAAAAUUAACGAUUAGGUUGAAGUUGUUGUAGAUGUUUCUAAAAAAUUACCAAAAAUUAAUGCUGAUAUCACUAUAUUCACAUAUGGGUAAUUGAUUUAUGCAGAAUAUUUAUAUGAAAGAAUAAUUAUGGAAUAUUAAGAUGCAAUCAAUGUAGGAUAUGGAAUUGAUGUAAAUUAAAAUCAAUAUUUUAAAAUCUAAUUUAAUGGUUGGUCAGAUCAUUAUACAAACAUAUUCAAAGGUAUAAUGGAAAUAAUUAAAGAGAAACCAAAUGAAGAGUUAAAAAGUUAAUUACAAUAUAAAUUUAAUAUGCUUCCAGAACAUUUAAAACUAAUAAAUCUAAAAAUUGAAUCAAUCCUUAUAGCUAAUUAUAAAAAACCUUAGUUUGGUGCUUUAGGAUAAAAUUAUAAAAUGAAACUUACAGGUAACAUUUAAAAAGAAUAAGCAAAUGAAUUAGAUUAACUACUUCAUAAGGCUUUGAAUUUUAAAUAAAAAUAGAAACAGGAUUAAAUAUUAAUUUAUAGUGUAAAAAAUAAAGAAAUCAUUUAUUAAAUCAAAGCUAAAGAUAAAUGGCAUUUACUAAUAAAUUAUUAUUAAUUUUCUAAAUUAACUUAAAAUAAACAAAAAAUACUUGAUAUAAUAUAAGAAAAAAUUUAAACAAAAGCCUAAGAAUAGCAUAUUAUUUUUGAAAAGAAAACAAUAGGUUGCGCAUAAGGUUUUUUUUUAAUUUUACAAUCCUCUUAAGAACUUGAAGAAUAAAAGGAAAAAGUUGAUAAAUUAAUUAUUUAAUCAAUUAUCGAAUUAGAUAAAUUAGAUAGUACUAAUAAAUCAAGCAAGAAGUCAAAAUAUACAUAAUUUUGGAAGAAAGAAUCAGGAAAAAUCACUUUCUUUAUUGAUGAUUAAAAUAGAAGUUCUAAUUUUGAGAAUUUAGAAUAAAUUCAAUGUAAAUGA